CAGCAGCCGGUCCAAUCAGCGCUGCCGCUUCUGACGACUGACUCCAAUGAUCCGGCCUGGAGACCAGGAAGCGCGGCUCAGUCUCCGAGUGAAACAGACACAGGCGCUGCUCUCUCGGAAUGGUGAGUCUCAGGUUUUUACCGUCCACGCAGAACACAGCCGGAUCAAUGUGACCGUCGGAGGAAAUGCGUUAUUUUCAGUGCGGCCGUCGGCCGAGGUCACCAGUGGGAGCUGGGCUUUCUAUGGGAAAUUAGUCCUCCAGUGGAUCAAUGCAAAUGUGGUCUAUGGUAGUGGGUACCAAUCACGGGCUGAGUUAUUCAGCUCCAACGGAUCUCUCCUGCUGAGGUCGGUCAACAUGUCUGACAGCGGGGAGUACAUCGUGAACAUGCUUACAAAGAGCGGCUCUUCAGCUUCAGCGACCAUCACUCUGCGGGUCCUUGCACCUUUAACAGAUGCCAGUUGUAACCUGGGCCUUGGAGCCAUCGCGGGCAUCAUCCUUGGUCUACUUGGUGUGGGUCUGAUCGGCGGAAUCAGUGGUUGGUUGAUCGCAAGGAAAACUGGCACCUUGGCCACAAACACAGCGAACUCAUUGCAGACCUAUGAAAAUUUACCAAGGAAUGAACAGGUUGGUCUAAACUCGUGCGUCAUGAGGAAUGGUUACGACGACGAGUUGCUCGUCAAGGAACAACCACCAUCUGACUGUCGUGGUGCACACACGGUAUCAGCGAUCCAACGGGCGACUGUUACCCCACCGAAAGCCCAGCUUCCACCCGUGAUCUCGGCCGACGGCCGCACUGAAAUGAACGCAUGUUCCCUGACGGCCACAUGGAUCCGGCUGUGUUCUACGUGGAUGUCGGUGAACACCUCGGAGAACGGGGAGUACCGUGUGACCAUGGUUCCAAAGUGCGGCUCUCAAGCAUCAGCGACCAUCACUCUUCGGGUCCUUGAGACCAGGAAGCGCGGUUCAGUCUCCGAGUGUAACAGACACAGGCGCAGCUCUCUCGAGAUGGCGGGGCAGCCGCUCACCGCGCUUGCUCUUUAUCUCUUCAUAUUUGCGGGUGAGUCUCAGACUUUUACCAUCCACGUAGAUCACAGCCAGAUCCAUGUGGCCGACGGGGGAAGUGCGUUCUUUUCAGUGCGGCCGUCGGCCGAGGUCACGGGUGGAAGUUGGACUUUCGUUAAGAAAACAGUCGCCCGGUGGAUCUCUGAAACCGUGUCUUAUGGCAAUGGGUACAAUUCACGGGCUGAGUUAUUCACCUCCAACUGGUCGCUCCUGCUGAGGUCGGUGAAAAUGUCGGACACCGGGAGGUACCAGGUGAACAUGCUUCGAAAAAGCGGCUCUAAAGCUUCAGCGACCAUCACUCUACAGGUCCUUGAACCUGUUUCCAAACCUAAGAUUACAUCCAAUGCCACAAGCCUGAGAGAGAAAAAUGACACCGUGAAACUAACAUGCUUUGCAACAGGAACGGCGGUCUCUUAUCUGUGGCUUGAAGACAAUAUCAUAAUUGCUGGUGGCAGGUUUGAACUGGGUGCCGAUAACAGCACACUAACUAUAUCCGGAGUGUUGCGGACAGAUAGAGGGUUCAUCUGCCGUGCAUACAACUUGAUUAGCCGAAGGACAAGUGACCCGUUCAAUCUCAAUGUUCACUACGGACCGGAUCGUCCAAAUAUCACAACUCACCCUGACUCCCCUCCUUACCUGGCUGGAAGCACCGUCACUUUAACAUGUUUUGCAGAUUCCAGCCCAGCCGCUAACAUAGAUUGGCAUCUGAACGGUGCCUAUCUACAAACUGGGCAGCAGCUUAUCCUUGAAAAUAUUUCUGUGAGAAAGUCGGGGAAUUACACUUGUCAGGCCUUCAACAAUUUAACUGAAAAGUACAAUGCGUCAACUCUGGGAAUAAUUGUAAUCGAACCCGUUUCCAAUGUCAUUGCAACACUCAACAACGUAAGACCUGUGGAAAAUGAGGAUACAGUUGUUCUCAUCUGUAACACGCAGGGCACUGUUCUGAGAAGAACAUGGUUGAAAAAUGACCUACCCAUCCAUGAAAAUGACAGAAUAUUUACAUCUUCAGAUAAAACUAAGCUGACCAUAACCCGUGUUAAGAGAACUGACACAGGAACAUAUAACUGUACCGCAAGCAAUGAUUACAACAGUGGCAGUGCACUAAUUUAUGUGCAAGUGAACUAUGGACCAGAAAACAUCACUAUUCUUCCGCAGGGUCCAGUUGUGGCAGAUAUUGGUUCACCUCUUACAUUAACCUGUUCUGCCCAUUCAGUCCCCAGUGGUGAAUAUAAAUGGUUCAAUGGGACAAAUCAUCUACAGACGGGGCAGCAGUACACCAUGGAGGCAGUAAGGUCCGUUGACAGUGGGAAUUAUACUUGUGAGGUUUAUAACUACGUAACCAUGAAACGCAGCAACCUCAUCGUCGAGGUAACCGCACGGAGUGUGUCACAUGGAGUGAAAGCCGGGGAUGUGAUUGGCGUUCUUGCUGGAGUGGUUCUUGUGAGUGGAUUAGCUGCCUGGUUCAUCAAGAAGAAUGCAAGCAGGAUUCACAUUUUGACCAGCUUCUGUUUACACAGUUUCAAAUUUCCUGGGAUUUCUUACAUGAACUUGAACUCAGAAGCAAACGUUUCCUUGACUAAGGGUGUUGAAAGAUCAUCAUACGCAUUUGAAAACAUCCGGAAGAAUCAAAAUCGUACCGCACAGCCACCCGAUGGAAACUCUAUUUAUAUAGAGCUGCCGUUGGAAGAUCGAUCAGUUUAAAGGGACCUGAUGAGAUGACGUCACUGGUGACGCGGAGGGCUUUGUUGGUUUGUGAAUAGCGAGGACAGAAGGACAACAAACCAAGGAAGGUUCCGCUGUACAAUACCCCUUUCAUGUUUCUGUUACAAUCGUUCUCAAUAUCGCCCUCUAUGCUCCCCGUGUCUCUUCUUGUCAUAUUCUCACGGCUGAGUCAUCGCCCAGCAUUAAGAAUGAAUGUUGU